GGGAACUGCUGGAGUUCCUUAGUUUGUGUGUGAGGCCGAGUCCCGUUACCGCUUUACUCUGCGUGUGUCUUAUAUUACAGCAAUGCUGCCUGCACAUCAGUGGCCAGAGAGGGGAGAAGGGAGGAAAAGCCUGUUUACACAGACUGCAAACCGCCUGGGGAAUAAUGCAGGAAAGGAAGUGAGCCGGCUCUCUGUCUGACUGCUCUAACUUCCUGCUCUCUCUCUCACUCACACACACACACAUUCGCACACACACUAGCAAAGGGGGGGGUGCGUGGAAGGGAGAAAGAAACAAGGGGAAAAAUCAGGAUCUCAUUACAAGAGCAACAAAGCGUUUUAGAGGACUGUCAGCAUGGAAAACCGGGGGAUUCUACGCAGCUCUCUUUAAAACGGCCAGACGAGACUGGAAAGAAGCCCACCAGACCAGGCGCUGGGCAUGUUACUCUUCACUAUGCACAAAGGCACAUAUUGCAGUAGAAGCCUUUGUUCCUUCAUUCAUUCACCUGCGAAAUCCCAGGUCCGAAAUGGAGUCAGGACUGCUGCUAUGUUGCAGAGUCAUUAGAUAUGUGAACAUAAGCUCAUUGACUGGCCAAGCUCCACAGAAGAGAAUCAGAAGAUUCUACAGUCCUACACUGAUAUUAUACAGGGCACUGCUGUAUCCUGUUUGUUCUUCAGGGAUCUAAUGUCCUGUCUCCUGUUCCACAGUGUUGAGUUUUCUUCUUCUGAAGAAUCAGAGGUUAUUUAUUCUGUGAGGGCCUCAAAGCUAUGCAGCAUAUCUUCUAUGACACUUGUUUUUGGUAGUGAUUCUCAUCCACUGGGUUUGUUCCUUUGUUUAUCUUCCUUAUGGAAAAUUGUUUCUGUUGAAGCAUCUUCUUUGUUUCAUCUGGCAUGGAGAGUGCAAUCACACUGUGGCAAUUCCUGUUGCAGUUGCUUCUUGACCAGAAACAUGAACACCUGAUUUGUUGGACAUCCAAUGAUGGUGAAUUUAAGUUACUUAAGGCAGAAGAGGUGGCGAAGCUGUGGGGACUCAGAAAAAACAAAACUAACAUGAAUUAUGAUAAACUGAGCAGAGCUCUGAGAUACUAUUAUGACAAGAACAUUAUCAAGAAGGUGAUUGGUCAAAAGUUUGUGUACAAGUUUGUUUCUUUCCCGGAAAUCUUAAAGAUGGAUCCUCAUGCUGUGGAAAUCAGCAGAGAAAGCCUUUUGCUGCAGGACAGCGACUGCAAGAUGCCUCUGGAGAGCAGAGAACAGCAUAAGCAUGGUCUCCCAGUCUUGAAAGGCACAAGCCGCAACGAAUACAUUCAUUCAGGGCUGUACUCAUCUUUCACCAUCAAUUCCUUACAAAAUCAGCCAGAAACUCUCAAGCAAAUUAAAACAGAAAAGCUGGAGGAGAAAUUGGAAGAAACCACACCUCUGGAAGAAGUCCGGACUGUUAUUAGAUUUGUGACAAACAAAACAGACAAACAAGUCAUGAGGCCUGUUGUGUCAUUGCCAUCCACAUCUGAAGCAGCAAAUGCCUCUACAUUUUUAGCAUCCUCUGUCUCUGCAAAAAUAUCAUCCUUAAUGUUGCCCAACACAACGAGCAUAUCCUCAGCUUCAUCAGCUUCCUCUCGAUCACCAUCUCUGUCACCUAACUCACCCCUUCCCUCAGAACACAGAAACAUCUAUCUGGAGUCUACUUGCCAGGAUUCAGAUUCUCUUGAGCCAUUGAAUCUUUCUUCAGGAUCCAAAGUAAAAUCUCCUUCUCUUCCUCCAAAGGCUAAAAAACCCAAAGGCUUAGAGAUCUCCGCACCUCCAAUGGUUCUUUCAAGUACUGACCUCGGCUCUAUUGCCCUCAAUAGCCCUGCGCUUCCCUCAGGAUCCUUGACCCCUGCUUUCUUCACCGCACAGACUCCAAAUGGGUUACUGUUGACCCCGAGUCCCCUGCUUUCUAGCAUUCACUUUUGGAGCAGCCUCAGUCCUAUUGCUCCCUUGAGUCCUGCCAGACUGCAAGGACCAAACACCUUGUUCCAGUUUCCAACUCUGCUAAAUGGUCAUAUCCCAAUGCAAAUCCCCAGCUUGGAUGGGGCCUCUUCUCCAGUUCUCCUUUCUCCAAAUGCUCAUAAAUCCUGAUGUCUCAGCAAACUGGGGACUCACUAAUAAACUGGAUUUGACACAGCCAUUCUGAUGGGUUUCAUUUUUCUGGUAAAGCCAGGAGGACAUGAUGAAACUCUUUUACUAUGGUUUGCACUUUCCAUUACACAGAUGACCUACUUGUAUGGUGUUUAUUUAGCAUUUUUAUACAGUGAGGGGGUUUUUUGUAUAAGAAAUCUUUUGUGCAUUAAAACAACUUAUAAUUUUUAUAUCCUGCUCUCCAAGUGUUGAACACUGUUAAUGAAGUUAUCUUUCUUAAUACAUUUCUAAACAAUAUGUAAAGGAUGUGAAAUGUUUUACUUCUGUACUUCUGCGUAUAAUGCAUCCUGCUUGUAUAAACUAUAACCGGCUGUGCCUUCUUUUGCAUAAUGUUAUAUAAAUGAUUUAUAUAUUUUCCAGUAUUAAGAUUAAGGUUGGAAAGAACCAAGUAUUGAACACUUUUCUCCCCAUCCUAGUAUUUCAGUAUUCCCCUUAUGGUCAGCCAUGUUGUGCAGUAUAUUCAUGUAAUUUUGAAUUAAGCGCUUUCCAAAUAUAUAAAGAAUGUUUUUGUUUACUUCCUGAACUGACAGGCCCUAAUAUUUUGGCCUGUGGGUUAAGAAUAGAACACUAUUUAGACAUUAGUGCUUGAAUUCUUCUGAAAUAGUAAUAUGGUCUUAAAAUACUUGCAACAUAUAUUAGGGGCAUUUUUUAAAUUGGAGGGAGUAGCCUUAUUCAGUGCCACUAUCUUUGUGUAUAAAGCUGAUUGUUAAAAAAGAUGUCAAUCUAAAAUUUAUUUUUGUGAACAAGUAAAAUUCUCACAUACUUCUUAUCAGGGAUGGAGAAAAAGUGUCUCCUGUGGUGCAUGGACCAAGGCUUUGACUUCAACAUUUUUGAUUUUUACAAAAAUGAAAGUCUAAAAAGAUGACAGGUGCCUCUCCGUAAUUGGGAAAUAAAUACCGUAAUACCCAGAAUAAGUUUUCAGUGAUUUUUCUCUCUUCCCCUGCAACCCCCUUUGUACUAACCUUGUAUUGAAUAUUGUGAUUAAAAAUUAUCCAGAU